AUGAUCCUUGUUCUGUUGGUUGUACGCGAGACCUCGCUACUCUUCCUGUUUCAAGGGCAGGUCCAAUCAAUGCCAGCGACAAGGGUUUCGCAACAGGAAGAUUCUGACAAAGAGGAGAGUCCAAAACCUGGUGACGUGUUUGUUCCUGGAUCCCUUUCGCUGUCUCGGCUCGAAACGUAUCACAAGUGUUUUGUGGAUCCUUGUCAGUACCGACAUCACUAUCGCAGAGAAAUUACCUGUGAUGUCUCCGACAAGUACAACCUUACCUACUACAUGAUCGGAAAGGCAGCGAGCUCUACAUGUCGAAGUAUCAUGAACGAAACUUUUCAGGCAGAUGAUAUGGGCUGUUUGCCCGAGGAAGAGACAGCUGUCAAUGACAAAAUGUUCCGCUUCACCUUUGUGCGGGAUCCAUAUUCGAGGUUUCUAUCCGCUUAUCGUCAAGCGUUUCUAAUUUCGUUCAAGCGUGGACGGAAAACUCCAGUGCCAGAGAAAUAUUACCCAUCCUUCAAGGAACCAUUUGAAAACAUGACCAUGGCAGACUAUUUGCACCUUUUUGAGAGAGCCAGAGGUAAAGAAAAGAUGAAAUCCGCCAUGCAAAACUUUAUACUGGCAUACGAUGCCGAGUUCCCGUUCGACGGACACUUGAGACUGCAGGUUCCUCGCCUGGCUGCAAUCGAAACUGGACGAACCCGACGGCUAGAAGGGAUAUUUGAUACCAAAGACAUCGAUGAGCAAUUUGCACAGAUUGCGUCCAUGGUCGACGCGCCUCCUCCACCCAGAUCUCUCAAAGUCCACGUCCGGGACAAGGAGGUCCAGAUUGAUGCCACAGACCUGACUCGAAGACUGAGACGAAAGAUUUGCCAACUUUCUGCCAUAGACUACUGUUGCUUGAACUAUGAGCUGCCAGAAGCGUGCAAAGGCGCUGUUCAGUGUCAGUGGAAAGCCGCACCUGAGAAUCCGGAGGAAUUGCUGAUUGAAUCCUUAUCCCAGUAUCCUCCACCAAGGGACGAAUCUUCCAAGGAGACUUGUCAAGCACAACGGAAAGAAUUCAAUCGCGCAGUUCGGAAAUUUGGGAAUACAUACCGCAUGGUAGUUGAGAGCUUGUAG